AUGUUUCGACUCGUACUUUUGAGCUGUCUCAUUUCUGGUAUCUAUUCUUUGGUUAUAAAUCCACGUGCCGAUCAGCUAGAGUGGACAGCACUUGGAGACUCGUAUGCUUCCGGUGUUGGGUCCACAGACUACGUUGACGGCCGUCGCUGUCUUCGCUACAAUGAAGCCUAUCCGGUGCAGCUGAACAACGACUCUGAGCUCAGCGCCGGAGACCACAUCUUCAACAAUGUUCCCUGUUCAGGAGCUCUCGCUGCAGAGAUUGCAGAGUGGCAGCUCCUCGAUGAGAAGAAGGACACCGGUCCAAGUUGGCAAUACGGACCUCGACCAGCAUUUGGAAAUCCAAGCUUCGCGACCUUGACGGCUGGCGGCGACGAUAUUGAUUUCCCCGGCAUCAUCUUCAACUGUAUAAUCGAUGUCAGCCUAUGGUUCGGAGGACCAACACGAAGGACUUGCGAGGAUCAGAGAGCACAUUCCUGGGAACUGCUCAAGAGCGAUGACCUCGUAAACAACCUCGACUCGCUCAUCCAGAAGAUUGUUGAGAAAGGCAGAAAUGGCCCCAUCGGCGACAAGUUCAAGCUGUACGCUACCGGGUAUCCGAAGUUCUUCUCAACCGAGACAACAGAGUGCGAUAACGUGACGUUUGCAAGAAGCGCCAAUCCAGUCGAUGAUGGGAAGGACCACCCUAGAAUGACACUCCAGGUCCGGCAAGAUUUCAACAACAUGAGCGAUGCGUUGAACGAGGCUAUCCGAUCAGCAGUUGGCCGAAAUUCGGACAAAGGGGUCACUUUCAUUGACAUUGAAAAAGACAACUUUGGCGACGAUGCGCUCAAAGGCCACCGAUACUGCGAACCAGGCGUUAAGGAGCCCGACACUGAGAACCCUGAGCUCUACAUGUGGCAUUAUCCCUAUAAAGAAGCCUCGGAUGACGCCCAAACCGACCCGACGGUAGCUCUACUAUCAGGUGCAUACAGCCAGGUUGUGGGCCAGCUCAAUGCGCAAGACAUCCUUAUCAAAUGGCCAAACACCGUUGACAUGCAGAACGCGAUGUACGAUGCUAUCGAUGAGACGAAGCUCCAGGAAAAGGCAACCUCCACGACAGCCGGCUGGGAUUCAAUCGGUUUCCGCGCGCGGGUAUUCCACCCGCAAGUCGUCUAUCACCGUUUUAUUCGAGAUAGGAUCUUCGCCCAGUAUAGACAGGAUAACCCACCCGCGCCAUGCACUAGUGAAGAGUGCUGUCCCUCGGGGUGCACUUGUGGUUCAUCUGGUGUGCCACUUUGUUCUUAG